UCCUACAAAACUGGAUCAGGAGUCAGGAAGUUGCAUAACAGUUCAAUGUACAUCCACAAGCCUGUGCAGUUUAUACUGGAGAGAGUUACAUGGGAGGCACCCAGACAAAGGAUCAUUUCCAGCCAGAUGAAAUAACGUAUUCAGAAUAAGAAUUUGAACCUGAAAAGGGGAAGAAGACAAGAAGCAAACUAGUAACUGGUAUCAUCAGGGUGGCCAAAGGACCUGAAGACUUUUUGUUUUUCCCUUCCCACCAACAAGAUUGCAGCGAUGGAGAAACUGGCAUACAAGGAAGCCAUCCUAAAAGCGGGCGAUGCUCUCCGUCGCUUCCCUCUGAGGAACGUCAGAGGUGUUCCGCUGAUGGAGCCCAUUGCCCAAAACUGGGAUUCCAUCUCAUCAUUUAACCCUGAUCCUUCCGAUAUUCUCAUUUCUACUUACCCCAAAGCCGGAACCACAUGGACUCAGGAGAUCGUGGACCUGUUGCUCCACAAGGGAGAUGCAGAAGCGUGCAAGAGAGCCCCGACGGUGGUGCGGAUCCCCUUCCUCGAGAUCGUAACGCCGCCCCCCAUCCCAUCCGGUCUGGAGCUCCUGAGCCAAAUGAAGCCACCCAGAGUAAUUAAGACUCAUCUCCCAAUCCAACUGGUGCCUGAGGGUUUCUGGAAAAACAAAUGCAAGGUGAUUUACAUAGCCCGCAAUGCCAAGGAUACCCUCGUGAGCUACUUCUACUUUGAUCAGAUGAACCUGACCCAACCUGAACCGGGACCCUGGGACGGCUACAUCCACAAGUUUAUGAAGGGAGAGCUGGCCUGGGGCUCCUGGUACGACCAUGUGAAGGGUUACUGGGAAGAGAGAGAAAAAAAGAAUAUUCUCUACUUAUUUUAUGAAGACAUGAAGGAGAAUACCCGUCGGGAAGUGGAACGCAUCAUGCGCUAUCUGGAUCUCUCCAUUCCUGAUGAUGUCAUAACACAAAUUAUCAAGCUUACAUCGUUCAAAGUCAUGAAGGACAACCCUAUGGCAAACUACACUUUUAUCCCUAAGUCACUCUUUGACCAUUCGCGUUCUCCUUUCAUGAGAAAAGGAGAAGUGGGUGACUGGGUCAAUCAUUUCUCCCCAGAACAAGUAAAGAUGUUUGAUGAAGAUUACGAACGACAAAUGAAAAACUCAAAUAUUCCCUUUAGGACCACCAUAUGAAAUGGGAUUUCUGCAUGUGGGAGGGAAAAGACCUCGCAAAUUUGUUGCCAAAAUAAGCUGAAGAGGUUUGUUUCAGUGAGAAGCACAGAGUGCGGUGCAUUACAUUUACAUUUAUUCAUUUAGCAGAUGCUUUUGUCCGAAGCGAUGUAUAUCUCAGCAAAAGUACAAUUUAUCCAUUACGUUGAGAGAAGGAGACAUAGCUGCAGACAUGAAAGUGUUAAGCAAACCAUGCAUGUUCAUAUUUAACCUGCAGUUGACCUCUUAUAAAAUGUAACAAGUAACUACACCAAUAAAUGUAAAACAUCUAGCAUGGUGUGGCUUUCAACAGCACUAGGUCACAGCAAUAGUAACAGUGUAAGAUGAAAUUGCAAAUAUGUCUUCAUACACAAAGCAAGGGCAGAAGGUCAAGAGAUUACAUUGUUUCACAGCUGUUAUCACGUAGCACUGUCUAGAAAGUUCAAGAAUUGAUAUGCAUUGUCACGCAGAUCAAUUUUUUUCUAGCAGAUGACAUUUAAAGACUUAACACAGUCAUCUACACAUUUAUAGUGGGAACUUCGAGGGGGGACCACAGCAUGUGUUUACCAAAAAUAGAUGGGGACAAAUCAAACUUUUUCUCAAAGAUUUUUUUUGUACGGUUGCACAAGUGUGGAAGAAAUUUCUCUCUCCCCCCUGGAACCAAUCAGCCACGGGAGCCCAGUUCACCUUAACACAAAACACUCAGACACAAAGACUUCUCACGACAACAUCGGCCGAUGGGAGAGCCCAGAACAACUGGGUGUCUCCCCGAUCGUUCCCCGUCACCCAUUUAUAUUUUACAAGGUUCAUGCAUAAUGCAUCCGUAUGCGGUACAACACGUGUGUCAGUACUUUGCUUGCACGGGCAGAAACAACAUUCCUGUUUUUCUUCAGUGGGCCUUGCUCUCAGGUAAGGAAGGAACAUCUGCCUGUGAUAACAUCUUGGUAUGCAGUCAGGACCACAUUCCCGCCUUUAUCAGGUCACCUUGGCAAGCAAGACCACAUUACAAAGAAAUAUUCCCAGUUACUAUGCUUAACAUUUUCUAUGACUAUAACAAUUUGUAUGACUAAUAAAUUUGAA